AUGUCUGCUUUUAAUGGUUCUACAUCUAACCUCACUCAGAUUAAGUCCCUGGUAGAUCGAGAUGCACCGGUGAAAACAUUCUUGUGUGUGACGACAUGUGUUAUUUUCCUGUAUGUCAAUGGGGUCAUGAUCUUCACCUUGAGGAAAAAGACUGUUUUUAAGGAGGCAUCGCGCUACAUUCUGUUUGGUCACAUGCUUUGGCUUGACACACUCCAUCUUUUUAUGAGUGUAGUGUUAUUUGUGUGUGCUGUUAGCAGGAUUGUUAUUUUGAAAAAUGUCUGUAUCUUCCUUCUUGCGGCAGCACAAUCCCUCUAUCAGGUUGCCUUACUAAAUCUGGCUUUGAUGUCACUGGAGAGGUAUGUGGCCAUCUGCUUCCCUCUCAGACAUGCAGAAAUCACCAGUUACAGAAGAACUAACAUGGCCAUUGGUGCUGUUUGGACGAUGGGUUUGAUUCAGUGCUUGUCUGAGAUGAUUAUCUUCUAUGCCAUUGAUACUACAAACACAGUGAUGAAUUUGUUCUGCUCAAGAACUACUCUCUUCAGACUGCAGAUAUAUAAGAAACUUGAAAUAGCUUUUACAUGUAUAUUUUUUGUGUUGGUGUGUUUUGUUAUUAUCUUUACUUAUGCUUCUAUAGCAACUGUGGCUAAAUCAGCCUCCUGUGAUAAAAUGUCAGCCAAAAAAGCCAACAAGACUGUUCUGUUACAUCUAAUACAGCUGGGUCUCUGUGCUGCAUCCAUUUUAGUUGGAGUUAUUCAAGAAGUCAUUUAUGUUUAUACUGACUAUAUGACUUCAUUACAUGUAAUGUAUUUUUGCUUUGUAGUGUUUAUGAUUUUCCCCAAAUGUCUAAGUCCUCUUAUAUAUGGUCUGAGAGACCAGGCUUUCAGCUGUUUAUUUAAGUACUACUUUACAUUUGGUCUCAAAAAGCAUUUAGGAGGAGGAAAAAUAGAUACUAUAUAACUGAUGGUAAAACCUAUUUAAAUGUUAUCUAAAAGGCUUUAGCUGAUAAUGUUCUUUCAUUAUUAAGAUACAAAAAUAUAUUUCUCUAAAAUUGUAAAAUAUAUGUUUGUGUCUGUUGAUGAGAUAUUGGAGAUCGGAAAAUUAGAAAAUCAUUCAAGCAUGUAUUUAACAAUCACACUAAACCACACUUGUCACAAUGUUUUUCCAGUGCAGUAACCACAGAUAUGGGAUGUAAAAUGUUUGUUGUCCAUUUAAUCUUAUACAUUAUGACAACUGCUUUCAUCACACUAAUUAAUUCACAAUAGCUGAAAUGAGACUCCAAUCUUUCUAGAAAUCUAUAAAAUCAGACUAAUAAAUAUGCAACAGUUAAAGCAUUUUAUAGCAUUAUGUCCAUCAUUUGCUCAUAAACAAAAACUCAAGUGAUGUGUUUGUGCAAUCUUUUACAGCUCUUCCUUUUACUAUCUCAUACAAAUACUAGAGUUGAUUAUUGCUCAGUGGUCUGUAACAAUACAUGCACAGUUUUUGAUUUCAUCUUUUAACUCAGUUUUGAUGGGGUUUUUUUUCUUGUCCACGUGUCUUAAUAGAGUUUAUCCAUAUACUGUUUGA